GUGUCGCUCACGGUGUCUCGAGUUGGCGUCCGCCGGGAAGGCGGGGCUGGGGCUUGCACAUGGCCCCUCUGCCAGGGGCAGAGCUGGUCCAGACACCGCUGCAGCUGUACCGUUACUUGUUGCGUUGUUGCCGGCAGCUGCCAACCAAGGGCAUCCAGGAGUACUACAAGCAUGCUGUCAGGCAGAGUUUCCAAGUUCACUCAGACGAAGACAAUCCUGAGAGAAUCCAGCAGAUUAUUAAAAGAGCCAUUGAAGAUGCCGACUGGAUCAUGAACAAGUAUAAGAAACAAACCUGAGUAUCUGGAGCUCACAGCGCAGCGCCCUGGAGACUCUUGGAACUGAGAAACCUCCCUGCUUUUGGAACUAAGGAGCAGCAUCAGUUCUGGAAUAUUCUUUGACCUUGUUGGCUGAAAACAAGAAAUCCUAGCUGACAUUUG